AUGUUGGGGGCCUGUCCUGAGUCUGGGGGCAUUUUUGACCCCCCAGAGGAGCUAGAGAGGAAGGUGCAGGAGCUGGCAGGGCUGAUCAGAAGCUCCUCCAACGUGGUGUUUCACACAGGGGCUGGAAUCAGCACAGCCUCAGGGAUCCCUGACUUCAGGGGGCCCAAUGGUGUCUGGACGAUGGAAGAGAAGGGGCUCUCCCCAAAAUUUGACACCACCUUUGAGAAUGCCAGGCCUUCCAAGACUCACAUGGCCCUGCUGGGGCUGCAGAGAGUUGGCAUCCUCAAGUUCCUGGUCAGCCAGAACGUGGACGGGCUUCACGUGCGCUCGGGAUUCCCACGGGACAAGUUGGCUGAGCUCCACGGGAACAUGUUUGUGGAAGAAUGUGUGAAAUGUGGCAAGCAGUACGUGCGGGACGCAGUGGUGGGCAGCAUGGGGCUGAAGCCCACGGGCAGGCUGUGCAGUGUCACCAAGGCCCGGGGGCUGAGGGCCUGCAGAGGGAAGUUAAGAGACACCAUUCUGGACUGGGAAGAUUCCCUGCCUGACCGUGACCUGACACUGGCAGAUGAAGCCUGCAGGAAAGCUGAUCUCUCCAUCACUCUGGGGACCUCUCUGCAGAUCAAACCCAGUGGCAACCUCCCACUGAUCACCAAGAAGAGGGGAGGGAAGCUGGUCAUAGUCAACCUGCAAGCAACCAAACACGACAGACAGGCUGACCUGCUCAUCCACGCCUACGUCGACGACGUCAUGACAAAGCUGAUGAAGCUUUUGAGCCUGGAGGUCCCAGAGUGGACGGGGCCGGUGGUGGUGGAAAGUUCUGAGCUCACCAAACCUGAACAGCUCUUCAGAUUUGACCCUGGAGUUCCUGGGCUGAAGGAGGAGAAGGAGGAGCCCCUCUCCCCACUCAAUGGCAGGGGUGGGCUGUGCCCUGACCUUGGGACCACGCUGGCCGAUCGCAGGGACAGCCUGAAGCUGGAGUGUCCCAGCCCAGACACGGGGCCCACAGCAGUGAAGAAGAUGAAGGUGGAGCCUCUCCUCACCUGACCCAGACUGUUCCCUCUCUGUCUAGACACUCGUCUGUGCCCCUUUUCCUACCGACUGUGGUUUUUUUUAUACCCUUCAAACCUUGUCCCUUUUUUUUAAUGUAUUAAAUACACUCGAGUCGUGU